AAUCUAGGAAAUGUGCGGUUAGUUUGCUCUCCCAGAAUUCGAUCGGUAAGAAAAGAGAGAGACCCCAGAAAAUUCAGGAUCAGGGGUUUUCCCUAAUGAAAUGGGAAAUGGAGCUAGAGGAAAUCGAAGCGAUUCUGGAGAAAAUCUGGGACCUCCACGACAAGCUCAGCGAUGCCAUCCACUCGAUUUCGCGGACUCAUUUCCUCAAUUCCGUCAAAGCCGUGACGAAGCCCGAGAAGAUAAAGCAUCCCUCCUACAACUGCAAAAAUAGCCACAAUGACGCCACUGAGGACAACGUCCGGGCCUCCGGGUUCGUUUUCGUCAAAGACUUCCGGGUGGACGAGGGCGACGACUCGGCCGUUCAGGAGGCCAAGAGCCUCAACGCCAUUCGGACCGCGCUCGAGAACCUCGAGGACCAGCUCGAUUUUUUCCAUACUGUUCAAAUGCAGCAGCGGGCUGAAAGAGAUGCUGCAAUUGCCCGAUUAGAACAAAGCCGGAUAGUUCUUGCAAUGAGAUUGGCUGAACAUCAUGGUAAGAAGUUCAAAGUCAUCGAAGAAGCUAUGGCAUUUGUGGGAGAUGUACAUGAUGCAGGUCACUUUGUUUCACCUGAGAAACUUUAUGGUCAACCAUAUAGUCCAUUCGGUGAAAAACUUGUGACUCACGGAGACAAUCGGCCUAAUAUACUGAUCAAAGUCCUCAUCUCGAGUUUCGAUUUUGCAAAGAAAUCGCUUAAAUUGGAUGGCAUGGGUGGGAUAUUGGGCAAUGCUGCUUUGUUCGCAGUAAGCAUGAUUGCAUUGAUGCAUCUGCAUCAGGUGGUUUAUAAGGAGCAUCCACAGAAGCGUGAAGAUGAUAUCACCAGCAAAAGAAAUGUGAGACAAACUUUUUGGGCGGAGGAAUCAUCAUCGAAUAGUCAUUUGAGCCAGUUGGAUGUGUUGUCAGGCAGGGGUUGAGUGGAAAAAUUGGAUUCUGCGGCAGUCUGUCGAAGGAUGCACUGCCUAGCUCCUAUGAUUUUAAAAGCUCUGGCUCAGCCUCUCCCACGAAAGUUUGAAAGGGUUUGGCAAACUAGUUAGGACGACGAUCAUUCAUAUGCAAUUUGUUGAUCUUUGUCGGAGCUACUUCUGAGGCUUUAGAUUAGUAUGGUAGUUUGCAUAUUUCUGGUCUUUUCCCAACUUUCGACUGAGCUAAUAUCUUUGUGAAUAUUUUAUUCUUGCAAUUUUUAUGUAGACUGCUGUAUUUUCUUGGGA